CGCAGGGAUUCAGCAUUAAGCAAACCCACUCCAUGGAAGACUUGAAAAUACAAAAUGUCAACUUGGAAAUCUCUGCGAACCUGCAGAGCCACAAGACGGAGGGCUUCAGCAGCUCUAAGAUCCUGGUGGUGCGGAGGGGGGCCCCGCUGAGGAUCAGCCUGCAGCUGGGGGGCCGGCCCUUCAACCCGCAGAGCGACUCGCUGUGGAUCAAAGUCAUGCUAGGCCGCCUGUAUGUGGUGACGCGGGUCACUUUCCCCGAGAAGGUCUCCUCCUCCCGCUGGAGCGCCUGCUUUGACCCACGGGGCCUGAACCUCCAGAAGCCCUCCAUCCUCCUCCACUCCCCGGCCUCCGCCGCCGUGGGAUGCUACGGCCUCCUGCUGUGCGCCUCCUCUCCGGGAGGAAAGACCACCUCGGCGCUCAGCAGAUUCAUCCUGCUCUGCAACCCCUGGUGCCGCGAGGACGCUGUCUACAUUCCCUUUGAGGACCAGAGAGAAGAAUACAUCCACAACGACUCCGGGCUGCUGUUUAAAGGAACAUCUGGAAAUAUUGUGUCAAGACCGUGGUCCUAUGACCAGUUCGAGCCAGGUGUCCUGGAGGCCUGUCUGAAUCUGCUCCAAGUCACCCCUCAGCACCAGAAGAACCAAGGAGAAGACUACCUGAACAGAAACAACCCCGUCUACAUCAGCCGCGUCGUGUCCGCCAUGAUCAACAGUGAAGACGACCGCGGCGUGCUGAAGGGCAAAUGGAAAGGGGGCUACAAAGACGGCGUCGACCCCUCCCGGUGGACCGGCAGCGGGGACAUCUUGACCCAGUGGGCCGCCUCUGGCUACAGACCCGUCAAGUACGGCCAGUGCUGGGUGUUCGCCGCCGUCAUGUGCACAGUCAUGAGAGCUCUCGGCAUUCCGUGCCGCGUCGUCACAAACUUCAACUCGGCCCACGACACCAACGGAAACCUGGUGAUCGAGGAGUUCUACAGCGAAACGGGGCAGAAGCUGGAGCGCAGCGCCGACAGCAUCUGGAACUUCCACGUGUGGGUGGAGUGCUGGAUGACUCGCCCCGAUCUGGGCUCAGGGCUGGACGGCUGGCAGGUCCUCGACCCGACCCCCCAGGAGAGGAGCGCAGGCGUGUUCUGCUGCGGCCCCGCACCCGUGGCAGCAGUGAAGGAGCGGCGCGUCGACCUGCCCUUCGACGUCCCCUUCGUCUGCGCCGCGGUGAACGCCGACGUCCACGCGGUCAUAGUGAGCCAGGGUCAGGUGAUCCGCUGCAGCACGGACACGGAGAGGGUGGGGUCCCUCAUCUGCACCAAAGCCGUCGGCCUGCAGAGACUCCAGAACCUCACCGGAGACUACAAACCCGUGACAAGUCCGACGUCAACGCUUUCCUCGAGACGUUCCAAUAUGUCGGCGACCUCCACACUAAGCACAGGCUCCUCCGGGGGGGUGUCGCUGCUCCUCUCCCUGGACAAAGCUCCCGUUGCCGGGCAACCCGUCCUCUUCACGGUGAAGGUCAUCAACAGGCAGAGGGUGGCCAAGGUGAUGCAGGUGCAUCUGAACGCGCAGGUCAAAGAAUACAACCACAGCCCGUCAGAAACCCUGUGGGAGAACCACGGCGUCCUGCGACUGGCCCCCAUGGAAGUGAAGCUCAUCCCCCAGCAGAUCCCCCCGGCCCUGUCCCAGCGCGUGGGGGGGGACGACCUGAUCAACCUGGCAGUGGUGCUGGUCGACUCGUCCAGCCACGAGCGGGUUCUGGCCUCGGAGGAGUUCAAUGUCGCCGGCCCACUGCUCAGCAUCCAGGUUGAGGACGAAGACUCCGUGGUCCGUCACAAGAAGCAGGAGGCCACAGUGACCUUCAGCAACACGUGGGCCCACCCGGUGAGCGGGAUGCUGAGCGUAGCAGGCGCCGGGCUCAUUCAGGGCAAACUUCACUUCAGGAUGCUCGCCGUGCGUCCCGGCAGCAGCGCGUCGCAGCGCAUCACCUUCACCCCCAGCAAGGUGGGACAGAAGAUGCUGCAGGCCAGCCUGCUGCUCUCAGACACCAACUCCACCAUCAGAGGCUUCCAGAUGCUCCACGUAGGCGCCGCGUGAGCCUCACUGGUCUCCUACCUGAGAGAUAAUGGCACCAGGUGGCAGCAUCAAUUGCACAAUCUUCAUGUUCUUCUAUUGUUUUGUAUGAUUUUUUUUAACCGUGAAUCUAAAUUAUAUUGACUUAUUUAUUUAAUGUGAAAUUGUGAUCUUUAUUUUGUUUAAAAAAUAAAAACCCUAAUA